UCAAUACACUAACAAGCUUCUCACUUUCUUAGUAGGUACACUAAAUCACUCAUCUUACAAGAUGGCGAUCACUGUCGAUGCACUUCUUCUCCGAGAACUUGGUGUAGCCAUUCUCAUAUUCAUCAUCACACGCUUCUCUAUUCGCUUCCUUCUCAAUCUCCACCAUCAUCAUCGUCAUGACACUAAGAAACUGCCUCCAGGUCCCAAAGGAUGGCCAGUUCUUGGCGCCAUUCCUCUCCUAGGACCCAAGCCUCAUGUAACCUUCACAAACAUGGCCAAGAAAUAUGGUCCCAUCAUGUACCUUAAGAUGGGUCCCUGUCACACAGUGGUUGCCUCAACCUCAGACGCUGCCAGGGCAUUCCUCAAAACCCUCGACCUUAACUUCUCAAACCGUCCUGUAAUUGCAGGGUCAACCUACCUUCGGUACAACACAGACGACCUCGUGUUUCAUGAAUAUGGACCAAAAUGGAAGCUGAUGAGGAAGCUAAGCAAUCUGCACAUACUUGGGAAAAAGGCUCUUGAUGAUUGGUCUGAUGUGAGGGGAAAUGAGGUGAAGCACAUGGUAGGUGUGUUGUGUGAGUUUAGCAGAAAAAAUGAGGCAGUGAAAGUGAGAGAAUUGUUGAGUUAUGUGAUCACAAAUAUUCUGAGUCAAGCAAUACUUAGCCGUCGUAUGUUUCAAAACGAGGUUUCGGAGUGUAAGGAGUUUAAGGACAUGGUGGUGGAGUUCAUGGUGCUUUCUGGGAUGAACAUCGGAGAUUUUAUGCCGAGGGUUAAUAAUUGGAUCGACUUGAAGGGUUUGGUGAGAAAGAUGAAGCGUUUGCAUGAGAGGUUUGAUGCUUUAUUGAAGAAGAUGGUGGAGGAUCAUGAAACGACGCUUGAUUAUGAAGGUAAUAAGAAAGCAGAUUUUCUGGAUAUUUUGAUGGCAAAUAGAGAAGAGGCCUCUGAUGAAGAAGGAGGGCUCAACUUCACCAAUAUCAAGGCUAUACUCUUGAAUUUUUUCACUGCAGGGACACAUUCAUCAUCAAGUACAAUAAUUUGGGCGCUAACAGAAAUGUUGAAAAACCCUAACAUCCUCAAGAAGGCACAGAGAGAGAUUGACCAAGUGGUAGGCAAGGAAAGACUUGUUCUUGAAUCUGACCUUCAAAACCUUCCAUACCUGCAAGCAAUUUGCAAGGAAACAUACAGAUUACACCCAUCAACACCACUAAGUAUUCCUAGAAUCUCAACUCAAGCCUGUGAGAUCAAUGGCUAUUACAUCCCCAAGAACACAUGGCUCAGUGUGAACAUAUAUGCUAUAGGACGAGACCCUAAUGUGUGGGACGAUCCAUUGGAAUUCAAACCAGAGAGGUUUAUGAUGAGUUCUGAUGGGAAGAUUAAUGAAAAGAUGAAAAUGAGCCUAAGUGGUACAGUUGAUUUUGAGUUGAUUCCUUUUGGAGGAGGCAGGAGGGUGUGUGCUGGGUAUAGAAUGGCUAUGGUGGUGGUUCAGCUGAUUCUGGGAACUCUGGUUCACUCUUUUGAUUGGAAAUUGCCUGAUGAAGAAGAAGAUGGGUUGAACAUGGAAGAGGUCUUUGGUAUUACUGUUCAUAAGGCUGUGCCUCUUUCUGCUAUGGUUAGCCCUAGGUUGUUGCCACAUGCUUAUAAGUGAUCUGUGCUAGUACAUGCAUGUAUGGCUUGUGUGUUGUGGGUGUGUUUCUAAGUUUAUCUUUACUGUGGAUCCUUAAUAUUCUCCUGUCAUGAUCAAUAUAUAUAUCAGGUGUUUUCCUUCAAAUUUUA